ACAGCACUAAUAAUCCUCCUUAUGACGGUCAGUUGAGAUUAUUGUAUGGGACCACUUCUUCAAAUGGUCUGGUACAGGUCUAUUGUAGUGGCCAGUGGGGGACAGUCUGUGGUAGGUACUUCACUCCUGAUGCUGCCCACCUGGUCUGUAGACAGCUGGGAUACACCUCGGCUAAGUCUUAUAGUAACGGAACCUUUCAGGGUAGUUACCAGACCCCAAUAUGGUUAGAUAAUUUAUAUUGUUCAGCCUCCCCCACUGAGGUCUGUCUUGGUUCCUGUGUCUCAUGUACUGGUUCCAGAGCCUCUCGUUCUCGGUGUUACCAUUCUUAUGAUCUCAACGUUCACUGUGUAUACGAAGCUCUUCAUUACGAGGAGGGAUCUAACACUACCAGCUGUGAAUCAAUAGAAC